AUGAGUGGAACCCUUCCAACUUCCAUGGAAAUAGAUGAUGUGGAGAAGAACGAUUAUAAAAAUAACGCUGAGCUCCUUGUGAAGGAACAAGAACCCUUACGAAAUAAAGCUGACAUGCUCAAGUUAAAAGCCGAAAAUGCUCAGAAAGAUUACGAAAACGAGAAGAAAUUAAUUGAAAAGCGAAAAAAUUUACGAAAUGAUAGAUCAAAGGCUAAACAAUCGAUAAAAAAGAAGCGUAUGAAUUUAAAACAAUUACAACGCUCGGAGAGAGAUCGGAAAACGAAAGCAAGAGAUGACGCAGCUGAUAAAAGAGAGCAAGAACUGUAU